UGCUGCAGGGGGGCGCGGACUCGGCGUGGACGGAACCUUCUCCUUUAUCUCGGUGUCCGAGAGGUUACAGUCCCCGCAGAAAGGAAAUUAGAGAUACCGACUCAGCCCCCCUUCUCUUUUGCCCUCUUCUUUUCACUUCCUCCGCUCGGUGUCGAGGAUCCUCGUGCACUUGUAGGAACCCAAAGGCCGGCGCGGAGAGAGGAAAAAGGAAAAGGAAGCCGGCAGGUCUUAAAGGGGCCGCCGCCGUUGUUUCAGCCUCUUUCCCUUCUUCCAAUUUUGCAAGGGCGAGCGCAGAGGACAGGAUUCCCCGAAGCUGAGCACAGCUGGAGCAGCAGGAGCCGCAGCUGGAGGCGGGCGCACCUGCGGGGCUGGCAGAGACAAGGUUCUGCCCCAAGGAGGGUGGGGUGUGCGCGCCCCGACCUGUGCCCCGCGCCCAUCUGGGUCGGCCUUUGCUCCGGCUGGCUGCGUGCGGGCUUUAACACCUUGGACCGGGCCGGAGCAGCGGGGGCCUGUUCGCAGUUGGUGCGGCCGAUGCGCGAGGCCGGAGGGUGAGGACAGCGCUGGCAUCAUCUGCUCCGGCCCUGGGUGCCAAGGGGGCCGCAGCGAUGCCGGAGGAAAAUAUCUUCCUGUUUGUGCCUAACCUCAUCGGUUACGCCCGGAUCGUCUUCGCCCUCAUUUCUUUCUACUUCAUGCCCUGCUGCCCUCUCACGGCCUCCUCCUUCUACCUGCUCAGCGGACUUCUGGACGCUUUCGAUGGACACGCAGCUCGAGCCCUUAAUCAAGGGACCCGGUUUGGAGCCAUGCUGGACAUGCUGACCGACCGCUGCUCCACCAUGUGUCUGCUGGUCAACCUCGCCCUGCUGUACCCCCGUGCCACCCUUCUCUUCCAGCUCAGCAUGAGCUUAGACGUGGCUAGUCAUUGGCUGCACCUCCACAGUUCUGUGGUCCGUGGCAGUGAGAGUCACAAGAUGAUCGACCUGUCUGGAAACCCCGUGCUCCGCAUCUACUACACCUCCAGGCCCGCUCUGUUCACCCUGUGUGCCGGCAAUGAGCUCUUCUACUGCCUCCUCUACCUGUUCAACUUCUCCGAGGGCCCUUUAGUGGGCUCGGUGGGCCUUUUCCGGUUGGGCCUCUGGAUCACCGCCCCCAUCGCCUUGCUCAAGUCCCUCAUCAGUGUUGUCCACCUGGUCACAGCUGCUCGCAACAUGGCUGCCCUGGACGCGGCAGACCGCUCCCGGAAGAAGUGACCCCGAGCCUCAUGCCCCUGGCUGCCACCUGCCCUGGGAGUCGAACUGUGCCACGCGGCUCACCUUCCCUUCUAGAAGGUUCCAGGCCCCCAUCUUCCUAAUGUGUGGUCUGAUCUGCUAGAAGGGCCACUUUGCUCUCCCACCCCUGUGAUGUGUAUGGACCUGGACCUCAAACCAGAGGGAUGCUCGCGGACAGUGCUCUUGGGUGCCAGGAUGCCAAUCAGGGCUGGACAUUGUUACACCCAGCUGCCUCCGCUGGUGGCCGGGCUCUCAGCCCUGGGGUCUGGCUUGGGUCAAGCCAGGGAUACUUGAGUGAGGGAGAUAGGGGAGAGGCUAUGUAUCCCCAAAAGCAGAGAGCCAGCCUCUGCCCCUGCACAGAGGAAGCCGCAGGUGCCACACCUAGGAGAGGGGCCUCUAGCUCCUUCCUGCACUGCGGUCUUGUCCAUCUAGCUCUGAAAGCCGCGUAAUAAAGGUGGGAGCCUCACUUUCCUGGGUGUGGUUUCCUUUGAGAGCCCUUGGACCAGGAUGUAUGUGGAAGGGAAAUAGGAAGAUCUUUUGAGAUGCUUCCCCCUAGUGUACUGUAGGCUCCUUCUGACAUUCCACAGUGACUUCAGAGAGGACCUCUCUGCCACCAAACUCAUGUCACAUCCUCUUGCCUGCUUUCUUUUCUACACGAAAUCCACACUGGCUGUCUACGUUUAUUUGUAUAUCUGAUGUUUCUGCCCCCAUCAGAAUGUAAUUUCCACGAGGGCACAGACUUGUUCCUUGUCUAUCCCUACAAUGAAGAGUGAUCUUAACCGAGCCUACAGUAGCUGCUUAAUAAAUAUUCACAAAUAGA